AUGAGCCACUACAAAAUCACAGACACGGCGGAUCUCGCCAUGCAGUCCAGCGUGGAUCCCAAAUACCCGAAGACUGAAGUAAUCGAAGAGAGUCAAAGAGAAGUUUUCAACCACGAGAAAUACCGUUCUCUGGGAUGGAUCCAAACAACUAUCAUUCUUGUCAAAUUAUGUUUCGCAACUGGUGUUCUUGCAAUUCCAUAUGCAUUUCAAGUCGUGGGAUACGCACCGGGGAUAAUUUUGCUGAUAUUCUGGGGCGCACUGGCUACAUACUACGCACACAUAAUGUUUCGCUUUCGAAUGAGAUACCACGGUGUGCACAGCAUUGCGGAUGCGGCGGGGAUCAUGGGAGGGCCCAUUGCUCGUGAUAUUACCGCUGGCCUCUUCUUGCUGACUUGGAUAUUGGCAACUGGUUCUAGUCUCAUCGGAUUGUCUCAGGGAUUCAAGACACUUGCUAGCAAUCAUGUUUGCACUGUUCUGUGGACAUUGGUUGCUGCUGUGUGUGCCGCAUUAGUGGCUAGUAUUAAAACGUUAGGAAGGCUGGCAGUGCUGACGUGGAUUGGACUGACAUCGAUCUUCAUCGCUGUUUUUAUCGUUGUAGUCGGGGUUACACAAGUGGAUAGACCUGCUGCUGCUCCACUAGAAGGACCAUACGAGCUGAAGGUGAUGGCUGUCGGAUCACCAGGCUUUGUUGCUGGACUUACUGCGGCUAUUAACUUAUUUGCUGGAUACGGGGCCACUCCGACCUUCAUGCCGGUUAUCUCCGAAAUGAAAUCUCCGAAAUCUUUCAGCAAAUCUCUUUUCUCAUCCCAGGCAUUUCUCGUAAUUUGUUACGUCUCAUUCGCAAUUGUGGUUUAUCUGUUCUGCGGGCAAUAUGUCGCAAGUCCAUCGCUAGGCAGCGCAGGGGGCACAAUCGAAAAGAUUGCUUAUGGAAUUUCAAUUCCUGGCUUCAUUAUGACAUCUACCCUCUGGGUUCAUCUAGCCUCAAAAUUUCUCCUCGUGCGAAUCCUGCGGAACUCCAAGCACUUGCAAGAUAAUAGCAUCACCCACUGGACUGUUUGGCUAGGAUCGACAAUCGGCAUCAGCUCUCUUGCUUUUAUCAUUGCCGAGGCUGUGCCCUUCUUCGGUUAUCUUAUUGGCCUUAUUGGCUCCCUUUGCUGUGCUCCAACAUGCUUGAUCAUCCCUGCUCUUAUGGGCCUCUACAUGUACUCCGAGGACAACAGUCAUGUGGUGCAGAGUAUUAUUGACGCAUACCAAGCUGGGAAUGUGGGAGGGGCUUUCUCGUGUUCAUGA